AGUCCCGCCCACUUUUCGGGGCAGGCCCGGAAACGGGGUUGGGGAAGUUGCUGUAUUUCCGGUCGGUGUGUAGGCACCGCUGCUCGUGCAGCCGUAGACCCGGCUUCUGUCCAGCCUCCUCCGGGAAGAUGUUUUACCACAUCUCCCUGGAGCACGAGAUUCUGCUACAUCCGCGGUACUUCGGCCCUAACCUGCUCAACACGGUGAAACAAAAGCUCUUCACCGAGGUGGAGGGGACCUGCACCGGCAAGUAUGGCUUUGUAAUUGCCGUCACUACCAUCGACAAUAUCGGUGCUGGUGUGAUCCAGCCAGGCCGAGGCUUUGUCCUUUAUCCAGUUAAGUACAAGGCCAUUGUUUUCCGGCCCUUUAAAGGGGAGGUCGUGGAUGCGGUGGUCACUCAGGUCAACAAGGUUGGACUCUUCACAGAAAUUGGUCCCAUGUCCUGCUUCAUCUCUCGACACUCCAUCCCAUCAGAGAUGGAAUUUGAUCCUAACUCCAACCCACCGUGUUACAAAACGAUGGAUGAGGACAUUGUGAUUCAGCAGGACGAUGAGAUCCGCUUGAAGAUUGUGGGAACCCGUGUGGACAAGAAUGACAUCUUUGCUAUCGGCUCCCUGAUGGAUGAUUACUUGGGGCUUGUGAGCUGAGCACCAUGACCUACCUUGUUUGGUCCCUAUCUAGGAGGUGUGACUGUCACACUUAGCAUGUUGUCCAGAGGCCCAGUCUGGCUGCUGUCGGGGAGGCAAGGAGGGUUCCUUGCCCUCAGAAGACACCUGGCUCUUCUUGUGGCUUAGCAGCCACUCCCGGAUUUUUGACUGUGUGUUCUAACCAUAAAAGGUCCUUGAUUUUCA